AAAUUUGAAGGCGACGGUAGCGAUUUAAACGCCAACAUCAGUGUCUCGGAAAGCAACAGCUCGGAAUAUCAGAACUCACCGGCCUGGAAGAAGCGCCAUUUGCAAGAAACCACCAGUGAUAUUGCUGAACCAACUAUAUCUUACAACAACAACGCCACCAACUACAACAUUUAUAAUCAACACACACACAUUGACACACAGAUGCUGAUAGAUGCCAUACAAACGGAUGAGAAUGUACAGAAUGAGAUCUGUGUUAGCACAAGUGCCACUAACGUAACAAAUAACAACACUAAUACAAUUAACAACAACAAUAAUAAUAAUAAAACCAAUAACAAUAACAACAACAACAAUAUGACAUUCAAUAUCAUAAGCGGCAGCAGUUCCUUCAUCAACGAUCUCUUCGCCUACGAUGCCAAUCUAAUUGUGCCAGUGACAGCUAGUCUGGUGAGCCAGCCCACCAACGGCAGUACGGACACCACAUUGCCUACAUUUGUUACACCCUCCAACAUCUGUGUGAAUACCAGCUAUGAUGAUGGUAGCAACUGGCAAGCCACAGAUUUGCUGGAGCUCGAUCAUCGUUAUAACUCUGGUUUGCAAACUGAAAUCGCACAUCUACAUCCGACGGUUGCACUGAAAGCGGCGGAGGAGAGCACACUCAGCGUCGUACAACAGAGUCAAGAUCAUACGCAUACUCAUUUACAACAACAACAGCAAAUGGAGCCACCCAGUCAAACACAAUUUUUAGUUCCUGAGAAGCAAGUGUCAAGCCCCAAUGGUAAUACAAGUCUUAGUAGAUAUCGUACGUUAUCCACAACCGGUCAACCCAUACAAACGCAAUCGAAUCAACAAACAACUCUUGCACAAUCGAAUACGCUAACCGAUACAGAGGCUGACUUUGAGGAUAGGAAUCUCUCUUGGUUAUUAAAUUUUAAAUUCGAUGAAUUUCCACAUCUUUCACCAGAUUUGGGUGGCAAUAAUACGAACGCUACCAAUAGCGGUUCACAACUUCGGAAUGCGUGUUCGCCUACAUCCAACAAAUCGAAUUCCUGCUCUCCACAAUCUUUGGCUUCACACUCCGGUAUGCAGCAAAGCUUAAAUGACUAUAUGCGUUCGCCAAAGGGCUCUACGAAGGCGGGUAAAAAAUUCGAGGAACUUGUUAUGGAAGUCACCGCCGAUGCGGAUGGCAAUGAUAUGAUGGUCGCUGAAAAUGUUAUAGUCGAGAACUCGCCACAGAGAACGCCAAAGAAACCGCCAUUUACGUAUACGGAGCUCAUUGAAUACGCCCUCGAGGAUAAGGGUGAACUAACGGUUUCUGGAAUAUAUCAAUGGAUAUCUGAUCGAUUUCCAUACUAUAAAUCAAACGAUGAUCGUUGGAAGAACUCGGUGCGACAUAAUCUCUCCAUCAACCCACAUUUCCGUAAGGGACUCAAAGCACCGCAAGGAGCCGGACACUUGUGGACGAUAUCAAGUGGGGAUUCAGCAGAGAAUGUGCUGGCUUGGGAACAUAAGAAGCAACGUCUGGAUCUCUUCUUCAAGAUGGAGUCAAUGAAUCGUGAACGCCUGCAGCAGCACCAGCAGCAAAUGCAGCAACGUCAGAGCUGCACAUCGCCGCAUCCCGAUUGCCAACAACAACAACGUCAACAGCAGCAGCAACAACAACAUACAUGCGUCUACGAUGAGGCAGCUACAGCGGCCGCCACAAUAGCACGUGAGCUGCUGAGCAGCAGCGGUGACGAAGGCUGCGCGCGGAAUUGCAACAACACCAGCGACAACAACAAUCACCGGCUAGAUACACAUUUGGUGCACGAGUUGCCAUUUAACGAUCUGAUGAGCGAUGAGGAGCUGCGCAAGACAGCGGGACAAAUUUUGAAUGGCAUACAUCGUGAAGUCGAGGUGCAAUCGGUGAACUCCAUCAUCAGUACCUACCACGAUGUGCUGCUCGACAAUGAAGAUUACCUUAACCCCAUACACAAGGAUGUCGCCGUGCACGAAAGUGGCCUACGCAGCACCAAUGCAACACACCUGGCGACCAGCUCAUACCUACAUUCGCACAACACCACGAACUCGCAGUAUUAUGUCACCGAAAUCGAUCCACUCGAGCUGGGCAUACAAAUGUCACAUCAAGUGGGUGCCGAGGAGGUGCUCUUCAGCGAUGAGUUCAAUUUGAAUUACUUUGGUUAUAAUGGCGCCAACGAUAUUGUUGCCUGACCGCCUGCAUCAAAUAGAGUUGAUGGCGCCUCGAAUGCCUCAGCGCCACUCAUCAGUGUAACCGCGGUGGCCGGACGUGUAAGUUCGAUUGCGGCUUUAGAAGCUGGCACGCCCACACAACUGCUGGGUCCGCGGCCGGUUGUUGAACAAGCUUACGCUCAACAAAAGCAA